UAAUUUUCCUAUACUCUCCACUUUUCAUUUUGGCUGUUUAUUUAUCAGCAGUUCCCCUCGUGCAAUAACUGCCCUGGGCCAAAGCUUGCACAGUGUGUGCCUGCCCCGGCAAGUCCUCUUUCAUGUUUCCAAGUCUUGCAUUUCUGUUAUUUUCAGCAUCUGGUUGCAAAGAACCAAGUUUCUGGCCCAGUUUUUCCGAACUUCCAGGUCCGCUUCGGCCUCGUGUUGCUUUAAGGAGGCGGCCCCAGGGGAGGGGGCCGACCCCGCCCGCUCCCAGCUCGGCUGCUAGACAUCGGCAUUUCCUCUCCACUCGCUGGCUCGGCCCCUUCUCUCCUCGGAAGAGGAAACUUCGCGGCCCAAAUAACGGGAUCAGGGGAAGCCAGGGCCUGAACCUCAGGAGCCCAGCUCUAGCAGUGCCAGAGGCUGGACCGUGGACUCACCGACCCGACAGCUGGCCGACCUGAGCCUUGGGCAGGGGCGGAAGGGGAAGGGCGAAGGCUUCGAAUUCGGCAGGGCAGUGAACGGAAAAGAAGCGCGGACCUGGAGAGGUUAGGACUACAGCAAGCAAGCGAGGGUCCCGGACAGCUGCUGGCACGAGGGACUACUCCUGGACGCAGGGGCGGGAGAGGAGCUGAAACUAGCCCGGAGCCCGAGACGGGACAGGAGCUGCAGAAAGGCCCGGACCGGAGGCGUGCGCUGGAGGACGGGGCGGGGCAGAGCCGAAACCGAAGCUGGAAGGAGAACUUGAGUUGGGAGAAGGGACUGAAGAGAGCCCGGGAGCCAGAGAAGGUGCGGGAGCCGAGACUGAUCGAGAAGGAGAGGCUUGACUUCCAGAAACCAGCUAAGGGCUAAGCUGGCCCCAGGAAGUCAGGGUAGGGCUCGAGCUGCUGCUUGUAUGUGGGGUCAGAGAAGGGGAAACCACCGUCGCCGUCGCGGAGGUUCAGACCAUGGGCUGACCACCACCGGACGUUGCCCCGGGCGCCCAGCAUGUCGGUGCACUACACUCUCAACCUGCGCGUCUUUUGGCCACUGGUGACCGGCUUCUGCACCGCCCUGGUCUGCCUCUACCACGUCUUGAGCGGAAGGGGCGGCUCCGCCGAGCCCCAGGACGGCGAGGACGCUGGCUUCCCGCUGCUCAAAGCGAUUCUCUUGCUGUUCCUGGGUUACCUCCUUCUGCGUUUUCGCCAAGCAGCCCGGCAACGUUUCCUGCCUCGCGUUCCCCAACAGGCACUCACCCCGUUGUCUUCGAGACUCGAGCCGGGCCUCAAUGUUUUACUGGAGAGUUACUAUGAGCACGAAGUUCGCCUGUCCCCUCAUGUGCUGGGCCACAGCAAAGCGCACGUGAGUCGCAUCGUAGGCGAACUGGUCCGUGCCGGCCGGGCCAGGGGAUCUCCAGGUCCUUCUCCCGGAGGAACCUUAGCUCUGGCCUUUCGGGGGGACUUCAUCCAGGUGGGCAGCGCCUACGAGCAGCACAAGAUCCGCCGGCCGGAUGGCUUCGAUGUGCUGGUCCCCUUGCGCCUCCCGCCUCUUGCGGCGCUGGAACCUCGAGGCCUGGGCUCCGAGCCCGAGUUGCCUCUGGCGCUUCGUGGCUGCUUCGUAUGUGCCCUCAAGGCCCCACCGCCUUCGCCUUCUGGUGGGGCUGGAAGCCAAUGGCACCGGGACUCCAAACCCUUCUCCGACGGCUUCUGCGUGGACCUACGCGGCCGGCGCCACCUCUCUGCAGCGCUAGUGUCACGUUGGUUCCAGACGCAUUUGCAGCGAUGCCUUGCCACAGUGCGGUACAGCUUGGAGGAGCGCUGCCGGGUCAGCCUAUCUCCUGGGGGCCUCGACCAGCCUCCCACCCUGCACAUUCUGCCUUGCCGCACCGACUACGGCUGCUGCCGGCUCUCCAUGGCCGUGCGCCUUAUCCCUGCUGUACACUUGGGAGAUGGAGUCUUCCUAGUGGCACCGCCACUGCCUCCCCCUGGGCUCCCGUCGGAGCUCCCUGGAGGGCUUAGGGUCGAGGCGCUGUGGGGAUUGAACACAGCUCGCCAGGAGCAGCGGCUGCUGGGCUGGCUUCAAGAACGAGCCCCACCCGGGGCCUGUCACCUUAAAUGCCUGCAGUUGCUAAAGGCACUGAGGGAUCUGGGCGCACGAGGACUGGACCCUGUGGCCUCAUCCCAGUGGGGACGCAUCCUGUCAUCUUACACGCUCAAGACCGCGCUUCUGACUCUGCUGCUUCGAGGGGAUCCUCUGCAUAGUUGGGAAGAGGUCCACUUGAGAGAGAGGCUAGAGGAGCUGGUGCUGUACUUGAGGGACUGCUUGCUCCGCCACCGCCCGCUUUUCCAUUGUUUUCUGGGCCGUGACGGAGCCGUCGGACUCACAGCUGAGAUCGGCCAGCUGCCCAAAGUGCUGCGCGAAGCCGCUCCAGUAGACCUCCUGGCCUCAUUCGACGGGCGCGCCCGGGAGUUCGUGGCAACGCAACUGGUGUCCACGUGGCGCCGGCUGCCCCAGCUUCUCCGACCCUACGGGGGACCCCGAUACCUGGCCAGGAGCCCUCAGCCUCGGAGCCAGCGGGUCCAAGUUUUCCCGGAGCACGAUCCCUAAAACCGGGAAAAUGCCUUCACCUGACCACAUAUCCCGAGAAGGGAACCUGAAGGAUAGUUGCUAGCUUAAAUGAAGUAGAGCUGGG